AUGGCAGCAUUGGCGUGCUAUGACAAGGCCGCACUCACACCUUCUGCAUAUAAGGCGAAGAUCAUCUCCGUAGCGGCCGGACCUUUGGUGCUCAAGCGAAAAAAUCACAGUUGGCGGCCCGUGAGAGAGAACGCCCCGCUUGAAAAGUUUGGCUACAUUCUUGGCGAAAGGAUCGGCGAAGGACCUUACUCUAAGAUCCAACUUGCCUACAACCCAAAAGAAGAAGAACACGCGGCCGUUAAGGUUAUCACGAAGGAUAAGAUACCCAGGAAAAUAUUUGAAAAGUUUAUCAAGAGGGAAAUUUAUAUUAUGCAGCAAUUUCAACAUCCUCAUAUUAUUGGUGUGAACGAAGUAGUGGAGUCAAAAAACCACAUCUACAUCGUCAUGGAAUACGCUCAAAAUGGCGACCUUCUCCAAUAUGUAAACCAGGCCGGUGUCCUGCCGGAAGCAGAAGCCAGGAGGUUGUUCCGGCAGAUCAUUGCCGCAGUAAAAGUUUUACACGAGGCAAAGGUUGUACACAGAGAUAUCAAACUAGAUAAUAUUUUACUGGAUGAGGAUAACAAUGUGAAAUUAGCAGAUUUCGGCUUUGCCCGCCUCCAAUACUCUUACGAGCUCAGCAAGACGUUCUGUGGAUCGUACGCGUACGCCGCCCCCGAGAUCCUAGACGGUGAAGACUAUGACGGCAAGCUUGCUGACGUGUGGUCUUUGGGCGUUUGCCUAUAUGGGAUGCUGCACGGAAGGGUACCAUUCCACGAAGAAGACGUCGACAUCCUUCGCCAGUCCAUGGACGGGGAGAUCCAUUUCAAUGCUGGUGUAACAAAAGAAUGUUCUGAUCUAAUCCGCUCGAUGUUAAGAGUCGACAGAUCACAGAGGGUGAGCCUGGCGGACAUCGUAGCUUCCCCGUGGAUGACCAUGCCCCUCGUGACCAUACCCGAGGACGACGACCACGACGAUGACCUCGACUCCACGUGGAGCAUCAUCUCUCGGCGUGAACCAUCGGAGGCUAGCGGGAGCGUUAGUAACUCAACGGUUUCCAGCCAAGGUGUCAGGAUUGUUGAAGUCAACUGA